AUGAAAAUGUAUCGUUUAGCAUAUUUACUCGGUGUUUUAGGCAAAAGUUCUCCAAUGGAACAUCGUUUAAAAGCUAUUAAAAGUGAAGAAGCAUGGAAAAAUGCUGGGAAAAGACCUGGAUUAGAAAUAUGGAGAAUCGAAAACUUCAAUGUUAAACCAUGGCCUAAAAGUCAAUAUGGAUACUUUUACACGGGUGAUUCGUAUAUCAUUCUAAGUACGUAUACAAGAUCCGGUCAGAAUAAGAUUCGUUGGGAUAUACAUUUUUGGUUGGGUAAUGCCUCUACAGUCGAUGAAUGUGGAACAGCUGCUUAUAAAGCUGUAGAACUAGACGAUUAUUUAGGAGGUGGUCCUAUUCAGCAUCGUGAAGUUGAAGGACAUGAAUCGCCGUUGUUCAUGAGCUAUUUUAAUAAUCAGAUAAAUAUUUUCAAUGGUGGUAUCGAGAGUGGAUUUAAUAAUGUUAAACCUGAUGAAUAUCAACCUCGACUAUUACAUUUUAAAGGCAAAAAACAUGUACGAAUAUCACAGGUUCCUCUCAAUAGAGCAUUUUUGAAUUCUGGCGACGUAUUUGUCUUGGAUACGGGUUUAAUACUCUACCAAUGGAACGGAAAAAAAUCAUCAGGUCAAGAGCGGUUAAAAGCAGCUUUUUAUUGUCGAGCUCUAGAUGAAGAACGACGAGGUUUACCAGAAGUUAUUGUGUUAGAAGAGGGCGAUCAAGAUGAAAAGUUCUGGUCGUAUUUAAAAGGUGGAUAUGGCAAAGUAAAGUCAGCAAACGAAGGUGGUGCAGACGAUGAAAUAAAAUCGAAUGAAAAACGGUUGUAUCGUUUAAGUGAUGCAUCAGGGAUGUUGAAAUUUAGAAGAAUAGCAACUGGAGAAGAUGUUCGACGAACAUUACUAGAUUCAAAUGAUGUUUUCAUAUUAGAUAUUGGCUCAGAAAUAAUUGUAUGGGUUGGCAAAAAUGCAUCAACAAUGGAAAAGAAAUCUGCAAUGGAUUUUGCGAAGAAAUAUUUGGUUAAUAAGAAUAAACCAUCCAAUUUGCCGAUAUCGAGAAUUUUGGAAGGUGGAGAAAAUGAAGUGUUUGAACAUUCGCUUGAUUUUUGA